CUCUGGACCAGGCUGUGAGCUUCUCUGGACUGGAACGCCACAGCCAGAACUCAGUUCAGACAUGGUGGACUAGAGGUGGGUCAGUAGAACCAGAGGCGGUAUAAAAAGGUCUUCGUCCUGAAUGGCACCCUGCGCCCUAAGUAGUGCACUAUAUAGGGAAUAGGGUGCCAUUGGCCAUAGGACUCUGGUUAAAAGUAGUGCACUAUAUAGGGAAUAGGGUGCCAUUUUAGGAACGCGGUCGUAGUCAGAACAGUAGGAACACCCAGGUUGGUCACAGGACAAACCCAAAAGACUAAAGAAAAGGGACAAUGAGCUGGACACACACACAUCGGAGGAGAUCAGCUAUCUUCGUCUCAGUUACUAAGAGAACUCUUUGGACACACAUCGGAGGAGAUCAGCCAUCUUCGUCUCAGUUACUAAGAGAACUCUUGAGGGGAGCUACUGAUCUCUCAGUGAAGAAACAUACACAGCAUGCACACACACACUCUCCUCCUCCUCCUCCUCCUCCUCCUCCUUCUGAAGCCAGGCGUGUGUGAGUCCUGUUCCCUGGUGGUCAGUCCUGCUGGGCUGGUGGUGAAGUAUGGAGCCCCUGCUUCGGCCAACUGCACCUCUGAUACGGUCACCUUUAUGGGCUGGGAGUCGAGCCAGGGAGAAUCUCAGGUCUUUAGCCCUGGGGUAAAAGAGCUGACUUGGAGAGUAGACAGCCUGACUGACUGGAAUAUAAAGCCUCAAUGCUUUGAGAUGUCUGAGGAGGGAGGCCAGUGUGCCAGAGUGCUGAAUGUUACUGUUUACAAGCUUCCAGACAGAGUCUCCAUCAGAUAUUUAAGCCACUCUGGUCCCGUGGUUGAGGGGCAUCAGUACUCUCUGCAUUGUGUUGUCCAGAACAUCGCUCCUAUUGAGCACCUCAGAGUGACCUUCUUCAAAGUCUCUACCAAUGGUGAACAGACAGUGUUAUACACACAACCACUGAACAAUGACAUUCAACAACGGAACAAUGGCAUUAGGGAACCGGUGAAUGAGAGCUUUUCCCUGCAGUUCUCCCCCACUAGUGUUGAUGACGGGGCCCAGUUGUGGUGUUCAGCCAUGUUGGAUCUGGGACCAGAGGGACCCCAACCUCCUCCUGUAAUGGAAUCAGACCACCUCAACAUCAACGUGCACUUCGCUCCUGAGUUCUCCUGUUCUGCCAAGCUGCAGGUGCGAGCGGGGGAGGGGCUAACGUGUGAUGUCAGAGGCAAUCCCCUCCCAUCGGUCACCUGGCUGAGAGACGGACAGGUGCUGACCCCGCCCACACACCUGAGCAGAGAGGAUGCUGGGGAUUACACCCUCAUGGCUUUGAACCGUAUCGGAAAAGCCAAUCACACAGUGGAGGUGGAGGUCCUACAUGGCCCUGCUGCUAGAGGAGCUUCCUGUCAGGCUGCUGGGAGUGCCACGGUGGCUGUGCUGCUCCUCCAGCUCAUUCAUUGGCUGUAAGACCACUUCCUGAACCCACUGAUUGGCUGUAUUGAAUGAUUCCUUUAUUUAUUUAACGGUUGAGUUAUUAAUAACUGACCAAUCAGGACAUCGAUCUCUGUGCUGGAGCUUUGUGGUGAUUUGACAGUGAUCUGUGAGGGCAGUCUUCAAUAGAUCUGGAAUCAGAUCUGUGUUAGUAGAAAACCCUUUUUGCCUAAAUGUGAAAUUAGCUGUUUUGAAAUGUGUUAUUUUGAAGUAGUGCUAUUGAACAGGUCUAUAAUUAAGCAAUAAGGCCCGAGGGGGUGUGGUAUAUGGCCAAUAUACCACGGCUAAGGGCUGUUCUUAUGCAUGACACAACGGUAUAAAUGUUGAUUUCAAACCCUAACCUUAAAUGUUUAUUACUAAUAAACUAUAUAAAUGUUUAGGCCUAAUCCUAACCCUAAGUGUUUAUUAUUAAUAAACUAUAUAAAUGUUUAGGCCUAAUCCUAACCCUAAAUGUUUAUUACUAAUAAACUAUAUAAAAUGUUUCGGCCUAAUCCUAACCCAGUCUCUAGCAACAGAUCUGCCAUUAUCCUUUUUGCAAUGUGUUAUCAAUGUCUUCUGUGACUAAUAAAAGUUCACCCACAAACUGUCA